CUCUGAUUUAGGGUUUGACUUCGAUUAUAUUUUCAAUGUAAUGUUGUGAUUUCUAUCGUAAAAAGGCUUUGAUUGACUUUCUCUUGCUGAAGAAUGAGAGAAGCUCCGUCUUUGAUCUCCUUGUGUUUAGAGGCAGUGAAAAACGAACUUUUUCGAGGAGAUGAUAUUCUGUCAGUUGUGUACGACCUACCGUCGUACUUGUUCGAUAUUUUGGUUCUUCAACUACCGCCAUUGCCGUUGCAGAAGCUACAAAUGGCGAUGCCUUUUACGGAUCGGGAUGACCAUGAAUAUGACGACGAUGGCGGCGGGAAUGGGAGAAAACGUGGAAGGUUUUGUAAUUUCGACAAGGCAUGGAAGAAUUUAUUUGAGUUGCAUUGGCCAUAUCUUGUGGAUGACAUUCAAACCGUUGAUUGGCAUCAAAAGUAUUGGGAAGCUCAUUUGCAGAAAUGCCUAGAUGAAGCAGCAGAGAUAGCACUCCUCCCAUCUUUUAGUGGAUGUCUUGGUGAAAUAAAAAUUUCAGAGACUAUAUUGAAAGAUAUUGGUUAUGAAGGUUGCAUAAAAUUUUCUACUUGUGACUAUUCAAAACUGUCUUACCAUUGCCAAGAGUAUGGGCAGUAUGCUAGAUGUCUAAGACUUCAAAAUGUUCUAUGCUGUCCAGAAACUUGUAAUUUACUGAGGGACAGCAAGUUUGAGAGCUUGGACCUGUGGUGGAUCAGAUCCGAGGAGCACAUUGGGGGAUUAUGCAAACUUCUGAGCCAGAACAGUGAAAGUUUAACUUCACUUAAGUUUAUUCACUGCAAGCUCUCCUCAGCUUCAGUUGAGAAAAUUUGUAGUUCUCUGCUCACAAACAUUGUGCCCACACACAGGAUACAGAACUUCUCAGUAACUUCUACGAGCUUUCUUGAAACAAAUCUAGUUUCUUUACCUCGUGGACUUGUAUCACUUCUGUCUUCAGGAAGGUCUUUGUGUUCACUAAAUUUCUCUUGUGACUACCUAUGCCGAAACUUCGCAAAAAUGGUUUUUGACACCCUUUGUGAUGCUUCGUCUGGUCUAUCUAUCCUUGACCUCUCUGAAAACAACAUAACAGGCUGGCUUUCUGAUUUCAAUCAGACAUCUUCAAACAACCACCCAACAUCCUUAGGACUUGGCAAGUCCUUGCGAUCAUUACGUGUGCUCAAUAUAAGGGGAAACAAUUUGGACAAAGACGAUGCAGUUGGCCUUAGAUAUGCUCUUGUUCAUAUGCCUAACUUGGAGGUUCUGGAUAUAAGUGAUAAUCCGAUUGAGGAUGAUGGAAUUAGGAGUUUACUUCCCUAUUUUGUCGAAGCUUUUGAAGCAUGCUCUCCAUUUGCUAAGUUAUAUGUGGAGAGUUGUGACCUCAACGCUUCUGGGGUGAUUGAGCUCUUAAACACCCUUUCAAGCUUCAAGAGACCACUGGAGUCUCUAUCUAUUGCCGAUAAUUUCCUUGGCAGCAAAGUAGCAGCGGUGUUGGGGAAAUUUUUGUCAACGUCAAUUCAAGUACUUAAUAUUAGCGGUAUUGGACUUUCUUCAUCUGGGUUUGAAGACCUACAGCAAAGCAUAACAAAGGAAGUGAAGCUAAUUGGAAUUAACAUAAGCCGAAACCGGGGCGGGAUUGCAACUGCAAACUUUUUGUCUACGCUCCUCCCACGGGCUCCAGAACUUGUUUUUGUCAAUGCAGAAUAUAAUUUUAUGCCAGUUGAAUCCUCUCGCAUCAUGUGCUCUGCCCUUAAAGCUGCAAAAGGUAAUCUUGAGCUUUUAGACUUGACGGGAAACAAUCUGGAUUCUCAGACAAUUCUUGGGCUUGCCGAAAUUCAACGAAAUGGAAAGCUUGCUUUGAUUUUUUCAUCCUUACCCGCCGCAGACGCGCCUUAUGAUGAUGAUCCCUAGAUAGCCAAGAUCCGACGUUCCACAAUGUAAUGUAAAUUAGCCUUGUAUAUACUGCUCAUCUUCCUCUGCCCACGUAGCAGAACAAGUAAAUUAAUAAAUUUUGAUAUUUAAUUUUUGUUUCCA